AUGCUGACAACAACAUAUCCUCUCUCUCCACCUUCCUUGGACGAAAUCGCUGGAAUUCUGCGUCCAGCACUAGAGGCAAACUUCCAAAAAGCAACCAUCAGCGUCUCACAAUGUCCCGAUCUUCGCAAAGCGCCCUUCCACCUAGCAGCAGAAKGUCUCUCCGGCAACGAAAGCAUAGCAGAUAUCGGCGGCCAACCCAACCUCUUUCCUGAACCCAGAUUCGAAUGCAAAUACAACCUUUUAGACAUUGCAAAAGAGAUGAAGAUGAGCCCUGAAAAAGGCCAACUUCUCGGUGCAGGAGCCGGACCCUUUCACGUUAUCGGUAUCAACUCAGAGCUCAGUCCCAAUCUAAGCUGGGAGGACAGUUUCGAGAAUGUCAACAACUUGACCUAUUAUACCAAAUUCGACGGUACAAUGGGAAAGCACGCUGCAAUUUGUGAGAGAAGUCCCUCGUCAGACUGCGCGCUCAUGAUGAAUCUCUAUGGCUCCUCAGGUCUCCCAGGUCCAGUUCUCAAAAUCACUGCCCGAGCUCGAAAAGGCGAUCAAAAGAGUUUCACAGAAUGUAUACAACAAGCACUAUACKAAGCCUUUCGCGACGACCGACCAAUCAGUAUGGGAGGGAUGUUCCUCAUAAAGACAGGAACCGCUCACUUCCACGUCAUGCCCGACUUUCCCCCCAAAGAAGAUCUCCCGUUCAAAAACGCAAAACAGCUCAACGACUGGCUUACAUAUCAUGAUUUCAAGGCUCCGAUUGUAUGUCUCAGUGUCUUUCACACUGCAGAUCCAGGGAAGCGUUUCGGAUUGAGAAUGGAGCAUACGCAUUGCUUCUCUACGGAUGGAUCGGGUUCGGGGGGACAUUAUCACUAUGAUUUGCCGGCUGGGGAUGGCGUUGCGGAGGUAGAGUAUGAAGGAUAUUUCAAUGUCGCGAAGACGCUUCAUCGAAUUGAUAGGCCUGUCGUUACGCUCGAGCGGGAUUCGCGCGAUUGA